GCUGCCGCGAGUGCCGGGAGGGUGGUGUUGAAGAAGCAGCAACAAAAGCCACAUCAGGCAAAAUAGAGGACGAGGUGUAUGAAGACAGCAUGGAGAAAGAAAGCUGCGCGAAAGCCGCCGAGAAGUACCGGGACGAUGACGCACCCGAUACAGCUGAGCAGGAGAAAGUCAAGGCCGUGCUGCUGGUGGGGAAGUGUGUAUUAAGGGAGACUGGGAACGCGACAACGCUGGACCGUCUUGGGCGAACGGUGAAUGAUGCAGGAUGGGAGUGUGUAAUGCGUGACCCAGACAGUCUAGCCGACUGCUCCUCCUUGCCAGCCCUUGUCAAGCAACACAACAUCGUCGUCGCGCUGGGCAUUCACGCCUACCGCAGCGCCCCCGUCCUCCUCGCCUGUCAGGAGCUCGGCGUGCCUUACGUGGUAAUGUUCGGCGGCACGGAUGUCAACGAGUGCGUGAGGGAGGCUGCGAAGAAGGAUGUGAUGUCGCUGGUGGUGGCGGGCGCGCGGAGCCUUGUUGCCUUUCAAACAGCCACGCGCGACACCGUCCUUCAAAUCUGG